GGUGGAGAGUGAGGGGAUCGACCGACUCACCGACUAAACGAUCACACAACCAAGACAUCGACACACCGCUGCCCGCAGCCUGCAAGCGGGCACAUUCCUUGCACCCUCCCGCCGCCGCCGCCGCCACCACCACCGCCGCCGCCGCCACCACCAGACACAACAAUCCACGCUGGCGGGGGUUACGUUGAACUGAGACCAGGCUGAGGAAGCAGAAAGUUUGUGUUGAGGGAUCGGGGUGGUCGAGCAGGCCGCGGCCACCGCAGCUCCACUCUCGCCCAUUUACUUUCCGGAGCUGAGAGAAGUGGAAAAACAAAUCCUGCUUCAAUGAGGUUCGGAUCCAAAAUGAUGCCUAUGUUUCUCACAGUGUACCUGAGCAACAGUGACCAACAUUAUACAGAGGUACCAAUCACACCAGAGACCACGUGCCGAGAUGUUAUUGGAUAUUGCAAAGAGCCAGGAGAGGCAGACUGUCAUUUGGCUGAGCGUUGGCGUGGCGGUGAGCGUGCCAUAGCAGACAAUGAGCAUAUGUAUGACAUUCUGCAACAGUGGGGAGUACAGAGGAAUGAUGUUUGUUUCUACUUGCGCCAUGAGCGUCCCCCAAGCACAAUUAGAGAUGCAGGUUGUUUGAGAGUCCAGGAUCCAGCAUUGAAAAGGAACAGAGUCCAGGGCACUAUGGAAAGAAGAAUGGAAAAUGGAGUUAGUGGGCCACGCAUGGAUAUGACACUUGCUGAACUGCAGGAAAUGGCAACUCGGCAACAGCAGCAGAUUGAUUCCCAACAGAAACUGUUGGCAACAAAGGAGCAGCAUCUGAGGUACCUGAAGCAGCAAGACCAUCGAGAUCAACAGUUAGCAGAACAGGAGAAACUACAAAAGCUUCGUGAGAUUGCAGAAAGUCAAGAAGCCAAAUUGAAGAAUGUACGGGCACUGAAGGGACAAGUGGAACAAAACCGACUAAGCAACGGGAAGCUGGUUGAGGAGAUUGAACAGAUGAACAGUCUUUUCCAACAGAAGCAGAGAGAGUUGGUAAUUGCUAUUGCAAAGGUGGAGGAGCUAACCAGGCAACUGGAUAUGUUGAAAAGUGGAAAGAUUGAUGGUUACCAUGACAACCAAUCUGCUGUAGCUGAACUUGAUAGACUCUACAAAGAAUUGCAGUUACGGAAUAAAUUAAACCAGGAGCAGAAUGCAAAGCUUCAGCAUCAAAGGGAGACCCUAAACAAGCGCAACUCUGAGGUUUCGUCAAUGGACAGGCGUAUUGGGGAUCUGCGGGACCGUCUGUGGAAAAAGAAGGCUGCCUUACAACAAAAGGAGAAUGUGCCGGUUUCGUCUGACAAGACUAUUCCACAACAAGCUGUGUCUUCUGCAACCAGCCGUGUGGCUGCGGUUGGACCCUAUAUCCAGUCAUCCACCUUGCCCCGUGCCCCACAAAAACUUGAGCUCCUUGUAAAGCCAGCCUUUCCUAAUGGAUCGUCUACUCUACCCACUGUGCAAGCACAUUCUGCAUCGGUAAACGCCCAGACUCACAUGAAAUCAGUGAAAUCUCCUAUUGCUGGCAUUGCAACUCAGGCGCAUUUGCACACACCGUCUCAGUCUGGAACCGAAAGGAAUGAAUUGAGUUUUGGUGGUUCUGUUCUUCCGCCUUCAACAACAGUUUCCUUGAAUAUUAGUGCUUCAAACCUGGCCAGAGGAGCAGCAGUACCUACUGCAGGUCAAGUUGGUGACGGUGACGUUGUGAUGAGAGACAAGAAUGAUAAGAGAGUGCGUUGUUUCUCCAUGUUUGAAUCCAUGGAUCCAUCUGCAGUAAUUCCAUCAUCUGGAAUACUAAGAAAAAACCAGAGCAGUGAGGACCUUCUGCAGGAAAUUCAGAUUGGUAAUAAGAAUGUGGUUAAAGUACCACCCCCUGUCCCUACCAAACCCAAGCAGAUCUCCUUGCCUUUUUUUGGACCAUCUGGCUUAGCUAAUGCAGCAGAGAUCAAGACUGAAUACAACCCACAGAAGUUACCUGGGUCUCUCGGCAAUGUAGCCAAUAAAUUGAAGCCAACCCAAACUGCCGGACCCCAGCAAAUGCAACAUUGUGCUGCAAAUGCACAAGUUCAGCCAUGUCCUGAGCCACCUCCUGCAGCCACCGUUAGGCCUUUCACCCCACAACCAUCUAAAGAAACUCCUUCCCAAUCCCUGAGAAAACCAGAGACAGUGGCUGCGAGUUCUAUCUAUACAAUGUACACCCAGCAACAAGCACCAGGCAAAAACUUCCAGCAGGCUGUUCAGAGUGCCCUGACCAAAGUGCAAGCACGGCCGCAGUUCACAAGUGUAUACGGUAAACCAGUGGUUCCCGGAUCUUCACAGAGUUAUGUAAGCAAUCAAUCUCAAUCUGACCAGGAUAUUAAUACUCUGCAUUCAAAGAACCAGGAGAAACCUGAUUGCCCUGAAUCAGAGACUGAUAACGUUGCAUCUGAGACUGAACGCAUUCCACGACCACUGAGCCCCACAAAGCUUCUUCCAUUUAUGUACAAUCCGUAUCGAAAUCAGAGUGAUGCUGAUUUGGAGGCAUUAAGGAAAAAACUGUCCAAUGCACCAAGGCCACUGAAGAAGCGUAGCUCUAUUACAGAACCAGAGGGUCCGAAUGGCCCCAAUAUUCAAAAACUGCUAUACCAGCGCACAACACUGGCUGCAAUGGAAACGGCUAGUCCAAUGCCAUUCUAUCAGCCUAAAAAACCUACUUCAUCAGAAGAAAAUACCAUAAAUGACAGCAGAGAUGUCAAUGCUAAGCUAGAUGAGACCACAGCAUCAACAGGUGAAACUCCAGAUCUGUCAGAACCAGUUGUGAAAAAGGACACCAAAGCAGAAGGUGCUGAAGAAGUUGUGAGAGCAUCUCCAGGUAGCUCGGUACCUGUGACAGAGGGCCAGUUAGCUGCUUCUACUCUCUUACCUUCUGUGGAAGAGCAACCGAGUCGGGAAAGCACACUAUCGCCACAGGAAUUAGCAGAAGAAUAUCCUCCUUACCCACCACCUCCUUAUCCUGUUGUGGGUGAUCAUGAGACUGUGGGUGAUGAAAGUUUUACUAUGCGUCCACCUGAAAUUACUGGACAGACUGUCUUACCACCUGGAAAGAGAACGAAUUUGAAGAAGUUGGGGUCAGAGCGCAUAGGUCAUGGUAUGAGAGUGAAGUUCAAUCCUCUUGCCCUGCUGCUUGAUUCUUCCCUGGAAGGUGAAUUUGAUUUAGUCCAACGUAUUAUCUAUGAGGUGGAGGACCCCAGCCAACCAAACGAUGAGGGAAUAACAGCACUACAUAAUGCUGUGUGUGCAGGCCACACAGAAAUAGUGAAGUUCUUGGUACAGUUUGGAGUAAAUGUUAAUGCAGCAGAUAGUGAUGGGUGGACUCCAUUGCACUGUGCAGCCUCCUGUAAUAAUGUACAAGUUUGCAAGUUCCUAGUUGAAUCUGGGGCUGCAGUGUUUGCCACAACCUACAGUGACCUGCAGACUGCUGCUGAUAAAUGUGAAGAGAUGGAAGAGGGAUACAUCCAAUGCUCACAAUUUCUGUACGGCGUGCAAGAGAAGAUGGGUAUAAUGAACAGAGGCAUAGUAUAUGCUCUAUGGGAUUAUGAGUCCCAAUCUGAAGAUGAAUUAUCCUUUACAGAAGGUGAUUGUAUGUCAGUCAUCCGACGAGAGGAUGAGAAGGAAAUUGAAUGGUGGUGGGCACGGCUAAACGAAGCUGAAGGCUAUGUAGCUCGCAACUUACUUGGGCUUUAUCCAAGAAUUAAACCAAGACAGCGAAGCCUGGCAUGAAAUAAAUACCAGAAAACAUUACAGAUAACUACUAUAAAACUUUGUAUGUUUUUUUAAGGUAGUUGUAGCAAUCCGGAUCCAACAGAAUGUUUGCAAUAAAAUGCUGAUCUCCAGACUUACAUGAAGGACAAUUCAAUUUACACUAAAUAUGCUUCUAUAAUGAAGUUAGCUAUUUCUGUUCAGUGUUAAUGAUCACCUAAUACAAAGGGUGAACAGGGUUUUUUUGAAAAGUGUGUAUUUUAAUGGACAAUAAUAUUAGCUUAGAAUAUUUUAAAUGUCUAUGCAGGCAGUAAAGAUGGUUUGGUGAAAAAAUCAAGCUUAUUUUGUCUCCCCAUGAUCGCUAUUUUUAAAAUCAAAGUAUUUGUUAUUGCAUUUGUUAUAUUUGGAGGAUGUUAUCCAGAAGUUGUAUAAUAACUGUAAUUUCUCUUUUUAAUUGAAAUCUGUAGAGGAAAUAUAAAGUAGAAUAUUUAGUCAGCAAAUAUGCGUUAGUUUUAACAGAUACAAGCCAGGCUACAGAAAGUCGAUGCCUUCGGCUUUGUAGUAUUCCAACAUUUUCAUCUUGAUAUUUUACUCUUGAAUAUGAAGCAUUGCAAAACAUGCAGAUAGGGUUUUGAGGGUAGUUCAAAAAAAAUCAAAACAUUUUUGAUACUUUCCCAGACGGUCUAUCGGAUGAAGCAUAAAAUUACUUUGAGGAUGACUCUAGUUUGUCCCUUUUAACUCUUUUUAGCACGGGCUACUAUGUGUCGCCUUUAUUAAUGAAGAAUUUCAUGUAUUGUUCUGAUUUCUAUAUAUUAUGAUAAUUGCAGAAGUAAUAUUUUGUAUUUCUCAAUAAACCCAAUAUGAGGAUAAAAUUAAGUGCAGUCUUUUUCAAUAUGAUAAAUGUAAUGUUAUGGUUUUAAAUUAUUUUCCACUUCUCUUCCGCCCAUGAGAAAUAGUCGAGUAUCUACUUAGUAUGGUCCAAAACUAUUAACAUUGUAUGUAUUAAUAUGUUUAAGAAUUACUGAACAUUAACGAUAAGUAUUUUAUUACUGGGAGUUUAAUUCCUUGUAUAGAUCUGUAAACUCUAUGAAACACCCAUGCCAUUGUGUGUUGGACAACUUUUGUUUGCCCAUUUUCAAGAGAUCUGUGAUGUUACCUGUUUAAUAAUGUUUAUGUAAGAUGUAUUAAAUCUUGUGCCGACAACAACUACAUUUUGCCCCACACUCCUGUACCACUGUAGAGUGAUUCAUUACUUAAUGUGUCACCUCCUGUAUUUUGCCUAACACUAAAUAAUUGAGCUACAGAUUCAAGCAUGUUAAUUUUCUUUCUUGGAAGCUGACAGCUAUACCUGAAUAAAAACUAUGAAUUUUAGGUUUUAA